AUGACCCGCAUGGGCUCCGCAGGGCCAUCCGAGGGUGAACUCGGCUGUAGCCUCAAAGACUGCCAGCAGGCGACGAGGGUGCGAUCCUGCUCACUCCACGCCUCUACCUACUUGGCUACACCGCCGGUAAUAACACCCCCCGCUCCUCGAAUAACCCAGUCUUCCACCAGCUUCCACUCAGCACAAAAUCUCCGCAUGAUCAUCGAAUCCAUCGUAUUCUCCACCCUUACCUAUAUCCCAGCCAUGGUUCUCGGCAAGGUUGCACAUUAUGCCUUUGACGCGGUACUAAUAUCCGCUUUCCUCGCCGGCGUUCGUCGCUCAACCGGUCUCACUGUGAAGCCCGAUCAGUUCGCCGAGAACCCCGGCGUCAAGAAGUGGAUCGACAACUACCUCUGGGUCGGCGAGACAGUCAUGGACCAAAGCGUCGCCUUCUUCGGUGCAAGUUCGUACUUUGAGCGCAAGCGAUAG